CCUCCUACAGGAGAAAUGGGAAACUGUUUAUCCAGGAAGGAGGAUGUGGGCAAGCUGCAGCCCUCCAUCAACCAACUGAAUGGCGGUAAUCUAGAUCACAGCAGUCCGCCAACCAGCCCUCAAGAUGUCACUGUGGGCUUCAACAAGCGGGAUCUCCCGCCGCUGCCACCUUCAAAAAAGGUGUUCAAAUUCCUGGCUAUGUACGAUUUUGACGGUAUAAAUGAGGAUGACCUGUCUUUCAAGAAGGGAGAUCGUCUGGAGAUUGAUGAAACCAGUCAGAACAGUGACUGGUGGAUAGCUACCAGCGUGAAGACGGGGCAUCAGGGCUACAUCCCCAGCAACUAUGUCUGCAAGGACGAUGACUCACCACAGGCUCAAGAUUGGUGGUUCAAUUUUGACCGCAAAGACUCCGAUAAGAUGCUGCUUCUUCCGGGUAACAAGGUUGGCACAUUCCUGGUCAGAGAGUCUACAGGUGAGGAUUCACAUAGAGUGUGUUUGCUGAGUGUCAGCCCAAAGAGGACAUUCACAAACAUGCUUGAUCUGAUAGAUCACUACAGAAAAAGCACCGAUGGGCUGUGCACAGUGCUAGCAGAGGCUUGUCCAAGGAUCCGACCAAUUGUUCAUUUCCGGGAGCUGGAAGUUACCCGAGAUUCACUAAAAAUGACUAUCAAGCUUGGAGCUGGCUGUUUCGGCGAAGUAUGGAAGGGUAAACUCCGGAAUGUGAUCGAUGUGGCUGUGAAGACCCUAAAACCAGGCACCAUGACCACGGAAGCCUUCUUGGCAGAGGCGAAGAUCAUGCACCAGCUGCGUCACAGGAAGCUGGUCCAGCUGAUAGCUGUCUGUACAGAUGAGGAGCCCAUUCUCAUCAUGACAGAGCUGAUGACAAACGGCGCCCUACUGGACUACAUCAGGAAGGAUGAGGGCCAGCGGAUCCGCUUCCCCACCAUCAUUGACAUGGCAUCACAGAUUGCAGAGGGCAUGGCCUUCUUGGAAGCUGAGAACUUUGUUCACCGUGAUCUCCGUGCAGCCAAUAUCCUUGUCGGUGAACACCAUGAUGUCAAGGUUGCCGACUUCGGUCUGGCGAGAAUUCUGCAAGAUGAGGAUAUUUAUGAAGCCACAGAAAAUACGAAAUUCCCCAUCAAGUGGACAGCUCCUGAGGCAGCUCUGGAAAGGAAGUUCUCUGUCAAGUCCGACGUCUGGUCAUUCGGCGUUCUGCUGUACGAGCUGGUUACCUUCGGGAGAGUUCCCUACCCUGGUAUGGGAGGCUCAGAGGUGCUGCACAAGGUGGACAAAGGCUACCGUAUGCCCAAACCCACCGGACCAAUCAGCUACACAGAGUCCUACUACGACCACAUGCUCAAGUGCUGGAACAGAAAACCCGAGGAUCGACCGACUUUCGCCUACCUGCAUGACUUUUUCGAUGACUACUUUAUAGCCACGGAACCUGACUACAGAGAUACAGAAGACAUGUGAUGUCACCCUGUCACCCCUCAAAGAAACAAUAGACUAGGCCAGCAGGAAUCUUGCUGCAUAAUACAUGACUGUAGAGGAAUGCCAUCUAUGAUUUGAUUGGUGCAUGCAGAUAUAUUUGUAACCAAUGAUACGCUUAAUCAGAUGCUGCAGUGCAGCCACAUUCGAUGCAAUCACCCAUGGCAGACAACGUAAACCACAUCUGCCAUGUUAGAUUUCCCCCAUAUCAUAUUCAUUGUUUUAGAAUUUUUGUGUGUUUAUUAUUCAAAUUGUACAGUUUAAAUUUUAUGAAAUAUUUUUUAUCACUUGUAUAUAUUUAGAGUCAAUUUUAUGAACAGAUAUAGAGUUUUAUAUACGAUCAUACAAAGUAUGAUAUCUGGCUUCGGCCCACCUCUUCAUGGACCAAGGUACUAUUUUUGAUUUUUUUUCUUUCUUUGGUAUCACCUUAAUGGUAUUUUGGUAUAUCCAAAAUAACAGCAGAUGAUAUAUUCAGAGAACUAGAUGACACCCUGAUCAGAAAGUACAGUGUUGACUGAGAACAGAAACUACCUGGUAGUUGAAGGAGGGAGAUAAGUCAGUAGGUGAUUGUAGUUAUCUCCCUUUGCUGUAAUCACUGCACAAAUGACAGUAGUGUUCAGAAAGGGUAGAACAAGUGCCUUUCUUUAUUGCUAGUAAUAGUUACAUCAUUGUUGUCAUUUCAUUCAGCCCUCUGAUAACUUCAUAACAUAAUGUGUCCUGGGUACCUCACUAUGCUCAAUGGCUUCUGACCCAGAGCCAUGAACAUCAGACUUCUCUCCCACAGCUUCAGAUUAACAUGGUGAGGAAUGCUUUGGAUAAUGUUCAAUCAUGUAUAUUUUUUGUCUCUCAUUUUUGUGUUCCUUUACUUUUCAUUGUUGUAGCAGAGUGAGUACAUUUAUGAAAAUGCAUAACUUUCACCGUUUUUUAACAUCUCCCAAGUUUGAUAUCAGAUCUAGUUGUAAGAUGAUAGUACAUGAUUCAAGAUCAUUUUCAUAUAUUGGAUACGUUUUUGUCAGAUGAUAAGUUACAGUUACACAUGAUAAAGACAUUAUAGGAAGUUGUUCUGCGAUAUGUACAUAGAAGUGUUAAUUGUUGACAAUUGUUUUGAUCAUUCUGACAACUGUAAUUUACUAUAAGUUCAAAAUGUGAAAGUGUACUGGCUGUGCAAUGGUCUUGAUUAAGCUGCUCAUUCUGUCAGUUCAUCCGCUGAAGUCAUGUGCUAGCUGCUGGCACAGUAGAUAGAAUGUUUGUUGACAACAGAUUCUGGUAUCGCCCCACUUGGGUUCAACAGUGAGUUCUUGUUGUCAUCAGCCAUGACAGUAUGCCAGUGCUAAACGCAGCAGAAGACCAUUCUUAUCUGUAUGCAGUGUUCAAAGCGAGCAUCUUCUCAUAAUCCAAUGGUAGGUAGAUUUCUUGUCAGGUUGGGUACAAUGUGUGAAGCCCAUUUCUGGUGUCCCUCACCGUGAUGUUGCUGGAAUAUUGCUAAAAGCGGGGUAAAACCAAACUCAGUCAGUCAGUCUUGUCAGGUAGUCUCAAAGUUGUUUGGAUCCAUAUGGUCUGCAGCAAACAUACAUGUAGAUUUAUUUGUCACAAUCAGCGGCAUUUU